AUGCCACGAGUAUAUAAGCCAAGACCUGGUGGAAAACAAUAUAAAAAAUAUGACAAGACUGUAAGGAAACAGGCGCUCGAUGAGCUAACUUUAAAUCGUCAUGCAACAAUCAGAUCUAUAGCAGAAAAAUAUAAUAUUAGCAGAUCAGUUUUACUGAGGCAAAGCAAUAGACAAAUGAGGUCACCAGGAGGCCAAACGGCACUUACUAAAGAAACAGAAGAUUACAUUGUGCUGAAUCUGAACACUUGUGCUGAAUGGAAACUUCAAUAUCACUGA